UAGUUUGUCAAUUUUCCUCAUCUAUUUUAGAAAUUCGGAAGAAUUUCGAGUUGCAUUAAAAUCAUUUGAGUGUAAACAUUUGAAUCAAAGUUAAUGGGAACACUAUUUUUCAACUCAAUGAAUUAAUACCGAAGCCGUAAAAAAAGAAAAAAAAUCCUUUUUUGAUAACAAAAGUCAAUUCGAUUUUGUUUGUAUUUAUCUGUGUUUAUCAAAGACAGAAAUGAAAAUUCUUUAAUAAUCUUUUAAUAGUCUAAUUCUUUAAUAGAAUAAUAUUGAACUGUGUGUCAUGCACAAUAAUUACUGUGUGCAAAACAUUGCUGUAAAAAUUAAAAGUCCUUAGAUUAUCAUAUUUCUUUUACCUACGCUAAUUUCAAUACUUGGUGGUAGAAAAUUGUGAAAGAUGACUUCUAUUUUCGAUCAGUACGAGCAGGCUUCACAGGUGUCCCAACGGGCACCGCCAGUGUCCGAACCCAUGACGUCUUCAGGAUAUAUAAACAUGCAACUGGAUGAUAACACGCCCAUGUUUUCGAAGCAGAAGAUGAACUUCAACCCAUCAGACGUCAUCACUCAUGUUGCUGUUGCCAGUGAUUACCUGGUGCUAGCUAUGGCAAAUGGAAAUCUAUUUCGAAUGGAUUUGAAGAGGCCCAAUGAAUAUGACGAGGUUAAAUAUUCAAAAUUUGUACAACCAAAUACAAAGUUGACGGGAAUAUUUCUUGACCCACUUGGUCACCAUCUCCUCAUGUCAUUUGCUCCAAGAACUAAAGACGGUGACCCCGAGCUGGUGUAUUUGCACCGAAAGAGCUCAAAGCUAAAAUCUGUUAGCAAAUCCAGAAACUAUGAAGUGACAGAAGUUGGUUGGAACAAUGAAAACACAUCAGAUUUUACGACUGGACCUAUAUUGUUGGGCACCUCACAGGGACACAUCCUGGAGACUGAACUAGAGGCUGACAAUGAUAAGAGAUUCACAGCCAAUCAACAGUACUGGAGACAGCUGCCCCAUUACCUGCCUUUGUAUGGAUACAAGGAAAUUGAUGGAUUGAUCUUCGACAUCGGCCAAGGCACAGAUAUGCCUAUAACUGGUAUACAGUUCCAACGAGUCAGCAACAGUAACAAGUACUUCAUAUUUAUCACAACACCCACCCGACUCUACCAGUUUAUGGGAAAUGCCGUAAUUACAGACGGAAAGCCUAGUCUUCAAUCGAUCUUCUACCAGUAUCUCACAAUGCCGGAUACCGGUUUCCAAGAGAUUCCGUCGACACUGAAAUAUUCAAAACUUCAGUUUUUCUUCGAUAGAUACGACGUGCCGAAAACAUUUGCAUGGCUCACUGAACCUGGCAUAUUUUUUGGACAGUUGGAUCCAACAUGCCAACAGAAUUCUAAUACCUUGUUCACGCAAGGGGAACUCAUAAACUACCCACCUGAAUCUGAAUCCAAAGAUAAAGCGCCUCUUUGUUUCGUUUUAACGGAGUUUCAUGCACUAGUGAUGUAUUCAGACAAAGUUAAAGCUAUAUCACUAUUGAAUCAAGAAUGUGUAUAUGAAGACAGAUUUUCCGAAGCGCAUGGUAAACUUAAAAGUGUAGUGAAAGACUCGAAGAGGAGAACAAUCUGGGCAGUGACUGAUAAGGCUGUGUUUAGAUAUAAAGUUGUCAGAGAAGAAAGGAAUGUAUGGAGAAUAUACACAGACAAAGAACAAUUCCAUUUAGCUAAGGAGUAUUGCCAAGACAAUCCCGCUUUCUUAGACAUUGUAAACGUGAAAGAGGCAGAGCUAUUGUUUUCGGUAGGUAAGUAUGUGGAGAGUGCUAGAAUCUACGCGGAGACGCAAAGUAGUUUUGAGACUAUAUGUCUAAAGUUUUUGGAGGUGAACCAGAUAAAUGCACUGAAGAUAUACCUGAGCCAACGAUUGGAGUCUUUGAAAGAAGACGAUAACACGUUAAUAUCUAUGAUUGUUAUAUGGAUGACGGAACUCUUCCUUUCGCAACUAGGUUUACUCAGGCGCACUGGGAAAGAAAAAACAAAUGAAUACAAUCAAAUACAGAGUGAUUUCGAAGUGUUUUUACUCAACCCGAAGGUGUCCAAAUGCAUGCAGCACGUCAAAACUGUUAUAUACGACUUGAUGUCUUCACAUGGUGAUAAACAGAAUUUGAUAAAGCUGACACUGAUGAACGAAGAUUACGAGAAUGUGGUUGCACAGAAUAUUUAUAAAAAAUCUUAUACGGAAGCGUUGAGUACGCUGCGGGAGCUGCAGAAACCGGAUCUGUUCUAUCAGUUUGCUCCUGUGCUAAUGGAGGAGGAUCCUAAGCAUACAGUUAAUGCGUUAAUCUCUCAAGGACAGAAAUUAAGCCCGUCGAAACUUCUGCCCGCUUUCCUUUCUUGUGAAAACGAUGAAGCACAUAUAUCCGAGAUUAUUAGAUACUUGGAGUUUAUGCUGCAGAAUUUUAAUGUCAAAGAUAAGGCCAUACAUAAUUAUCUGUUGACUCUGUACUCUGAGUAUGAUCAGGCGGCUCUUAUGAAGUAUUUAGAGCGACAAGGCCAGGAUAUAGUACUUGUCAAUUAUGAUGUUCAUUAUGCAUUACGGUUAUGUCGCGAGAAGAAUCUAUCAGAAGCCUGUGUGAAACUGUCCGCGUUGCUAGGACUCUGGGAGUCUGCUGUGGAACUGGCGUUGGAGGUGAAUCUGAAUUUAGCGAAGAGUAUCGCCAACCUUCCGGAUGAUGAGGAAAUGCAAAGACAGAUGUGGCUGAAUAUUGCGGAGCAUGUAAUCACUAAAAACCAGGAUCUAAAAGAAGCGAUGACUUUCCUCGAGGAGUGCCCCUUGAUAAAGAUAGAGGACAUCCUGCCUUUCUUCAGCGACGUGGUCACCAUUGACCACUUUAGGGAGCCCAUCUGUCAGUCAUUACAGGAGUAUAACAUGCAAAUAGAAGAGCUCAAAACUGAAAUGGAGGAAGCAACCCGAGCGGCAGAAGAGGUCCGUUCGGAGAUCCAGUCGUUCAGGGGGCGCAGUGUGUUGGUGUCGGCGGCGGAUGUGUGCUGUCUGUGCGACAUAGCACUGUUGCUGCGUCCAUUUUACCUGUUCCCAUGUUCGCACAAGUUCCACAGUGACUGCCUGCUGCACGAGAUACAACCCAUACUCGGUCCGGCUCGUCGCAAACAGUUGCAAGAUCUACAACGCAAACUGAGUUAUCUCCCUAACAUCGAGCUCCAGACGCGGACUUUCAGCGGUCUACCACUUCGGGAGCAAAUAAAAAAUGAAAUUGACGACAUAGUAGCCAGCGAGUGUGUGUUCUGCGGCGAGUACAUGAUUGCAUGCAUUGAUAAACCAUUCAUUUCAGAUGAAGAUUGGGACAAAGUUAUGAAGGAAUGGGAAUGAACGGUUGAAAAGUAUUUGCAGUACCAAACUCCUCUGACCCGGUGACAGGCUCACUGCUGUUGCC